CAGGUACUGUAGGAUCCAUGACCAGAGCAUGUCAAUACCAUCAGACAACGAAGACAUAAACAUAGAUGAUGCACCAAACAACAAAACUAACAGGAGGGGAAGAAGAGGCAAGAUCCUUAAAGCCUACAAAGAAACAAGAAUAGAUGGAGAAAACAGGCGAUGAGUCUCCGAAGAAUAAAGUAAAAUUCCUUUGCAGUUACGGCGGAAAGGUUCUUCCAAGACCCUCCGAUGGGGUCCUUAAGUAUGUCGGUGGCGAGACUCGCGUCGUUUGUGUCCCUCGUGACAUCACUUUCUCAGAGAUGAUGAAGAAGGUGAAUGGCAUGGUUGAUGGAGAGGUGGUGUUCAAGUACCAGGUGAUCCCAGAAGAACUUGAUGCAUUGGUAACAGUUAGAACAGAUGAGGAUCUGAAGCACAUGAUUGAGGAACAUGAUCGCCACGGGACCAGUGGAUCCCCACUGCUUCGCACAUUUCUAUUCCCUUCAAAGGCGCUUUUGGUUGACACACAGAUUCAAAUGCAAGGGCAACCAGCAGCACCACAUCCAGUUCUAUCUGUUGAACCAUAUUGGUUAGAGCAACGUUACCUUGAUGCCAUCAAUGGAAUAGUCCGGCGGACAAGCCCCAGGUCUAAGUAUGCGCCGCACUCUGCAUGUUCUUCACCAAAAUCAACCUCCCCAGAUGGACAUACUAACGCAGAAUCGCCCUUCCACACCGGUUUGCAGCAGUUACAGCAGAGUAAUACAAUGCAAAGAGUGAGAAGCUCUCCAAGUCUAUCGAACCUAACAAGCACCAGCAGCAACAAUACACAAGCAUCACUGCAGCCGGUUGAUCAUGGUGUUUGUAGUAGUAAUAAUCAUUCUUUACAAAAAAGUAGUAGUUGUCAUCAUUAUCACCACCACCCCCCUCUUGUUGGAUAUAGACCCAUACAAGAACAAGGGAUAGGAAUGGGGAUGGGAAGGUCAUCUCCAUGGAAUAUGAAUAUGAUGAUAGAUAAUAAUAAUAAUAAUUUAAGUAGUAACACUAGCAGCAGUAGGGGUGUUAAUUACUAUUACUCCACUGCAAACAGACCCCAUAAAGCUUAUGCCUACCAUGAUGACUCUGCUGGUCAUAUUAAGGUUGAAAGAGUUCACUCCGUCCCCCGAAGUCCCAAAAUGUCUAUAUGGGAAUGACUAUCACACUUCAUUCCCCUUAACCUCUCUCAACUAACUAACUACAUUCUUUCAUUGGUAUAUAUAUAUUAGAACAAAAGGGUAUCAAUUUGUAAAUCAGUUAAUUGUAAAUAAAGUUUUUCAUUUUAUUUGCUUCCAAACUAGGUAUAGUGGUUUAAAAUUGUAGACUUAUACUACUACUUCCAUUCUUAUGAUUGAGAAUUGGUUGUUUAUAUGUUGGGAACCACACCUUCCCCUUAUUUUGUGGUUUUGUCACUUCUACAUCUGGGGUUUUAAUAUGCUUAACCUAAUGGCUAAGCCAACACAACAUUAUACAAAGUUUUACUAUCAUCCCUGUUUAAAAACAUGCAAACAUCCCUUAGGCAACAGUAAAAUCAUCUUCAUUUUCUCAUCAAAUUAGGACAUUUUCAGCCUGUAAAUUUCAUUUCAUCCACACAAUAUACCCUGUAUUUCACAGACAAAACUUUCCAAGGGUACAGAAACGUCUCCAUUGACAAAAAUCACUACGAAUUUAGCACAAAA